CUUGUGGCCUCUCUAAUCUUAAAAAUCCCCCCACCCACCAAUUUAAUUUCGAAGUCUUUUCGAAGGGUUAUGAGUGUGUGUUAAAAUGUCUAGCCAACGAUCAACUAGUUCCAACAAGAUCACGGAUGAUGAGCUCAAUGCUCUCAUCUUAAGGCUACAAACAUUGCUCCCACAGCUUGAUCAAAGCCGCCAUGGCAGGGUAUCGGCAGCGAAAGUUUUAAACGAAAUAUGCAGUUAUAUCAGAAGAUUACAAAACGAGGUUGAUGGUUUAAGUGGAAGACUGUCUCAAUGUUUAGAUUCCAUGGAUUUAACUGGUUUUGAUGCAGAGAUUGUUAGAGAUUUGCUGCAACAGUAGUAGCAACCCCCUUUUUUUUUUCCUGUUACUCUUUCAUGUUUCUGAAAUUUACAUGAAAAAGAAAGAAAUUAUAUAUC